AUCAACAGUUUCCUAUUUUUCGUUUUUCAGAAACACAAAGUGAAAGAUUUUGUAAUAUGAAACACCUAGCAGAUCACAAGUUAAAUAGGCUCAACUACAACACAUACGUAAAGACGAGAGCUCACAACAAAGCCGAGACUCUCCUCGAUGAUCUAGGCGUUGUAAUCUUAGUGGGAAGUCCAGGAUCAGGAAAGUCAACUCUUGGUUUACACCUCAUGGCACACAUCAAAAACACCAAGAAAAGGCAAGUAUUACUGUUGCAGCAUCCUUCACAGUUUGAAGACAUCUCAAUUCCCCCUUCAAUGGUGAAUAUUGAGCAAGAAGAGAAACUAGUUAUUAUGAUUGAUGACAUUUUUGGAAGGACCAAUCUUAUAGGUGAAUAUGAACAAAA